AUGGCAGCGUCAUUGAGCUCGCCUGGGAGCUCAAGUUCUUCCUCUUUCGACCCAUAUUCUGAACAUGUCACAGAUACAAAGCCACAGAAUAAAUCCCAAGCUGGAACACCCGGACAAGAUGACAGUAAUGUUGCUGUUUCACGUUCUCAUUCUAGCAUGUCUGUCCCGCGCGGCAACCGUCUGGAAACUCCAAGGCAGGCAUCCACUGCUGCUGAUGUUGCUACUUCAUCCACCAAUAGUGCCCUGUCCCGCCGGAAACGCAAACGCGGUGCAGCUGGUAACCAUCCAGCAGGAGCCCAAGUUUCAGAUGCUCAAUACUCCUUAGAGUAUGAUGGCCGUCAUUUUGGUGUCAAAUCCCAAUCAGACUCGCCGUCGAGUUUAGCGGAUGGCACAAAGCGUGUUAAAUUCAAAGAUGAUAUGCUUCCGGACCAUUCUGCCGAUCAAUCCAUGAAUACCAUACCCGAGGAUAAGUCCAAAUUACCAAGGGAAAUAUGGCAGCACAUUUUCACUUUUCUUCCCCCUGUUUCACUUGGACGUGUCUUGCAAGUUAACCGCUCUUUCAAAGCUUUGCUUACUACUGGUCAGUCGGAGUUGCCCUCCGGUCGUGCAACUCCUGGCUCACUAAAAUAUGUUAACCCGGUUCAUAUCUGGUCCACUUCACGAAAGUCUUUUCAUUCAGGCAUGCCACGCCCGCUAAGUCCUCUAUCAGAAAUGGAUAUGUGGAAACUUAUCCGUGGAACUUCUUGUCAGUUUUGCAAUAAAACCGGGUCUACUCCAUCACCAGAGACUUCACCUUUUGAAAGUGGACCGGGAGAGAAUGGAGUUCGAAUUAUAUGGCCUUUAGCUGUUCGUUCAUGCGGAGAAUGUUUAAGGUCAAAUUGCGAGACUGAAAUGGACCUUCUCUUUUCUUCUACCUUACCCUCAGUCCUGGUACCUGCUCUCCCAUUUGCAUUUUUAACUGCAUCACUGCACUAUGUGUCAUCAGUCUCACUUCGUGGAAGCCAACCUCCAGUUGGUAUGGUCCUUACAAAGCACUUCCUAAUGGCCCAAGUUGAGGAGCUGAAGUCCAGGUUUGAGGAAGUGAAGGCCUUAGGGCCUGCAGCCGCAGAGGAAUGGAUGAAAGGCCUAGAAGGAAACGGCAAAGAGAAAAUCAAUGACGCUGCGCGAUGGGAGCAAUGGGAAUUAGCUGGUGGUCUUCGCAGUCUCAAGUCACCCCAACCAGCACAGCUAAAUGGUACCAAGACACAGCCCGCUAAACUUGAGCCGACUGACUCUAGCUCUGUACGACUCCCAACCGGAAACCAUCGACCAAGCAAUAGCCUUGGCACAAAUGCUCCUGCAAGCAGUCUAGAUGCUGCUAUUGCUACCCGCCCCCGUAGCACAGGUGCACAACCGGGUUUCCCCCUCCCUCCAAAUUCUCAACUUGCCCGAGAGCGGAACCUCCGACAGAUUAAUGAAGCAAAGGCGAGUCGUCGGAGUGAAAUUGAAAGGCGGUGCGCAGAGCUUGAUCCGCCUCUUGCACCUGAGGUGAUCAACCACAUGGAAUCGUUCACAGCUGCAAUCCAGAUCACACAUCCAUUCACUGACAGAGACUGGGAAAUCUUGAAGCCACGUCUCUUAGCUCAACGUGAAGUUGCUGAGCGUCGUGAGAACGAGCGCAAAAUGCACGACGCGAUACUGCAAGCAAAGUCUGACGAACGUCGUCAUCAAGAAGCACAGCUUAAGGAAGCUAAGGAGAUACUUGACCGUGAAUGGGAGGAUGUUCAAAAGCCAAUCAAAGAACGGAUGGCCGGCUAUGCCGAUGAGAUCAUUCGUGAGGGUUGGCGUGGAGGUGAAGGGGUCACAAAGGAGAAAUGCCCCAAGUUCGCAGCCGACGUCAUCAUGAUCCUCCAAACGGUCCUCCACGACGCAAAAUUAUUUUAG